CUUUUCGGCACCAUCAUGGAUCGCAUGCACGCACCCGGAAAGGGCCUGUCCCAGUUGGCCUUACAUUACAGGAGAAGUGUGCCUACAUAGCUGAAACUUACUUCCGAUGAUGUCAAAGAGCAGAUUUACAAGUUGGCAAAGAAAGGCCUGACACCUUCCCAAAUUGGUGUGAUAUUAAGGGACUCGCAUGGGGUUGCCCAAGUUCGUUUUGUGACUGGUAAAAAAAUUCUGAGGAUUCUUAAAUCCAAGGGACUUGCCCCUGAUCUCCCAGAAGAUCUUUACCACUUAAUCAAGAAAGUAGUUGCUGUCCGCAAGCAUCUUGAGAGGAACCGUAAGGAUGAAGAUGCCAAAUUCUGACUUAUUUUGAUUGAGAGCAGAAUUCACAGGCUGGCUCGUUACUACAAGACCAAGAGAGUUCUCCCACCUAAUUGGAAGUACGAAUCAUCCACGGCUUCUGCUCUGGUUGCAUAAAAAUUCUUAUUAUGACC